UACAAGUCAAACCACAGCUGCAACACUCAUACUGCAGUCUGAAGCGUUCUUCUGUCAUUUUCUACUCUCAUCUUUACUAACUAUGAUGUUAAAGGGUCGCAUGGGUGGAUGGUCUCUUAUCUUCUUGGCUAUUAUUUCAGGUGUUCACCUCCAGAGAAAUGACAGCUCUGUCCAGCCAGCCUCUGACUCUGAGCCGCCCUCUGAGGCUCAGGUCUACCGGGCCAUCUUGCAACCUUCAGAGGCCAUUCCUCCAAUUGGGACCUACGUUCUGGAAAACAAGGACGGGAAAUGCUACAUCAAAGCCACUCUGGGAGUGGAGUUCAUUGUCAUUGAAAAGAAGAGGUGGUAUUUAAGCCUGGAUCCCUCCAGGGUCACGACCUCUGGUUACUGUGGACGAAGCUCUGCUGUAUUGUCCCUCACACUUCCCGACAACAGUGCCAGUCUGCUGUUCACCUUUGUAAAGGACAAGAAGGUUUUCUACGUCAGCAAGCUGGAUGUUAAACUGACUACGCCUGUCUGCGAAGAAUGUGCCAAUAAGAAUUACUCAGGUGUGAUGGACCAUGAGAAGCUGUUUAAAACAGCUAACGGACAGAGCUUCAGUUGCAAAUCUGAGAAUCUGUUUCUGACUUCGUCCCAGUUGUGGAUCAAGCUGGUUCCACUGCAGAUGCAGGCCUUCAGUCUGUCCAAAGGACAGUAUGGAAAAGAGGUGGAGUGUUGGGCUGACUUCAACAAGCGAGUUAUUCCCAUCGUCAUUGGGGCCACGGUGGUGGGCAUCCUCCUGAUUGCUUUGCUGACCUACCUGAUGGUCAAAGACCGCCGUAGACAAGGAUAUGACAGGAUCUGAGCUCACCCUGAAACUGGAUGGAGAUUUACUCCAGCUCACAGAACAUUUCAUUCUCAGUUCUUCCAUUGCCUUUGGAAGCUGAAUUACUCUUUGCAUUUCAUUUUACUUUCAUUUUGCUUCCAGUGAUAUUUUUUGUUGAUUGUUGUUGCAUUAUUCAAAAGUUGUUUAAUAAAAUUGAAGUGGGCUAAUUUGUUAAAGAGCUUAUAAUUCUACUUCUUGUAGUA